AUGUGCGUGACUGUCAGUACAAAGGAUAGUCUUAUAUUUAUUGCCGUUUCCUUACUAAAGCGAGAGCGUCAUGCAAUCGAGUUCACCUCGAGCAUCUUGCCCGGGAUGAAUGGAACCAAUGCAAUAUCUAAGCAAUCUUCUAAUUUGAAAUAUAUUGAGAUUUCUAUUUUCAAGAAAGACGUUAUAAAUAUCUUACCUUAUUUCUUUUACAAUUUUUCCAUUUCUUUCUUUGGCUUACCGUUUUUCUCUUUCUUUCAAUGUUUUCUUCUCUUACCGUUUUCCUAUUUCUUUCUUACGUUUACCGUCUUACUUUUGUUUUCCUUCUUUUACCAUUUUGAAUUAAUUUCCUUUGUUUCUUUCUUUUCCUAUUUUUCUAUUAAUUUCUUCCGCUUACCUUUUUUCUUUUCUUUCUUUCACUGUUUUUCUUUUUUUUUUUUUUCAUUCCUUUCCUCUUGGAACAUUUUUGCCAAUUUAAUUUCUUUUUUUUUUUUUUUUUUGGUUUACCGUUUUUCUUUUUCUUGGCUUCUUUCUUUCUUUUACCAUUUUCCCAUUAAUUCCUUUCCUUUACCGUUUCUCUUUUUCGUUCUUUUCUUCUUUCUUUCUUUUACCAUUUUCCCAUUAAUUUCUUUCCUUUUUCGUUUCUCUUUUUCCUUCUUUCUUUUACCAUUUUCCCAUUAA